AUGAACAAUGGUAUCAUGGUAGGCCAGAACUUCGGAAAUAUCAACCAUGAGUCCGGAUGCCAUACCGAUGAGCAGCGAUUCGACAAAUGUACCAAAGCGCUCUGGGUAACAGACCCUGAUAUCGACCGCGAUUAUGUCGUGAACACCAAGGGUAGCCCCGUUUCUGGCACAUGCGACUGGAUCUGGCAAGACCGCACUUUCUCGGAUUGGUUGAAUGGGUCAUCACCCAGAACACUAUGGAUCGCAGGUGGACCUGGAAAAGGCAAAACAAUGAUUUCGGUUCAUGUCACCGGCUUGCUCGAGGAACGAUGCAAUGUUCACAAUCAAGUCUUUGCAUACUUCUUCUGCGACCAUCGGGAUACGAAUCGCAAUUCUGCAUGUGCAAUCCUCCGCACUCUGAUAUAUCAAAUCAUCGAGCAAAAACGAAGUCUGCACAGCAAGAUCUUCCCUUACUUUCAGGAGGAUCGGAGAGCGAUGGCUACGAUACAGUCGCGCGAUGCCCUUUGGCGGAUCGUGACCGAGCUACUGCACGAGGAGGAGCUUGGAAGUCUGGUGUAUUGGAUCGACGGGCUUGACGAGUGCGAUGACGACACAGCUCGUUGGAUGGCACAGGAGUUGUCCAGCCUUCAUACCGACAGCUCCGGCAAUGUUUUGAGAGACGUGAAGGUUUUGGUUGCGAGUCGUAAUAUCGCAAGCAUGAAAUUUUCGUCCAAGAUCGACCUAGACACCAUACAAAACCCGGGCUACAACGAGAGCAUCACCAGAUUCAUCGAUACGCGAGUAGCUGAUAUGGCAGAUCAGGUGCCGGGCUGCACACUAGCGCUCCAGAAUCAAGUCAAAGAAAGCCUGCAGUCACGCUCGGGUAAUUCGUUUCUUUGGAUUGGUUGCGUAAUGGGCGAACUUUCGGUCAAGGAGACGCCUACGGAGAUCGAGAGUUCGCUAGCCGAGUUUCCUACCGGACUUUGCCCGCUCUACAACCGACUUCUUCACCAAGUACGCUCAAAACCGCAGUAUCGCUCAGAUUGUAUCAAGCUGCUGCAUUGGGUAGCACAAGCGAUGAGACCGAUGAGCUUGGCUGAGCUAGCAGCGGUGCUGGACAUCGAUGGGUCCGAUACCAUAUCAGUAGAGCAAAGACUCAGUGAUCGUAUCACAUGGUGCAAGUCUUUGCUUAUCGUCAGACAUGUCGCUGACACUAUUCAAGCGCCUACGGUCGAUUUGGUCCACUACUCAUUGAAGGAACAUCUGUUUGAGUCGAGCGGGGGGGAUAACGCUGCCGACAUUCAGCCCUUUUUCUGUCAAGCAGAUGCAAUACACCACCAAAUCGCGCUUACGUGCCUGGAUUAUCUCUACAAUAAUCUCUCUAAUGAAGAGUAUUGGUUCUACGAUGAUGGAGCUAUGAAUGCGCGACUUCCGCUAGUAUCAUACGCCACGGUAUACUGGCCAAACCAUGCGAGGCUCAUCGGAAAAGACCUGGCUAUGGAUCUCUUGGACAGCAGAAUCGAUACCUUCUUCAAAGAAGGUGGCAUGGCAUAUACCAGCUGGUGGUGGUCAUUCCGAAUGGCAACGAGCCCUUCGUUGAAACAGGAACUGCCUGUUAAGUUCGCUGAUCCCGAAAUAGCCCCCUACAGCAAGGAGCUAGAAACCGUCCCUCCAAUGCAUCUUUCGGCAGCUCUAGGCGUGCUGCCAUGGAUGGUGUCCUUUUCUACCGUUCCAGAUAUGCCACGUUCCGAUGUCGUGAACCUCUUAGGUCUACGAGGGCAAUCACCACUAAAUCACGCUACCCAGAGAGGUCACAAAGACGCGAUCGCUUGGCUGUGUGAUCAGGGCGCAACCAUAGACGAUAAAUCAGUCUUUACCGCUGCCGCUGAGGGUCAUACUAGCGUCCUCAAGUAUCUCCUUGAUCGUGGAGGUAGCCCAAACGUCAGAGCAUGCAAUAUCUGGACUGGAAAAAGCGAAGAAGAAACAGCACUCUGGGAUGCGUGUGGUCAAGGUCUCGAAGACGUUGUGCAUGUCCUACUAGAUGCCGGAGCUGAUACAGAUGCACUCAGUCUACCAUCAUGCUUGUAUGAGGCUUUCGGAGUUCCUACGCCUGCCUUCGUUGCAGCCUGCUUUGGAGGCAGUCUGAAGCUUGUAGAGACCUUGUUAUCCCGAACCAAAGACCUGCAUCUUUACCUGGAUUACGGCUUAGAAUACGCGAUUGGGUAUGGCCAUGAAGAUGUGAUUCGGUUUCUCCUACCAAGAAUUAGCACGGUUGGUCAUCAAAGCGAGCGAGAAAAGAGGUUCCUGUAUUUUGCCCUAGCCUCUAACGUGUCUUCAUCGAUCGUCGAGCUCUUAUUGGAUUCUUUCCGUUCGAGCGCAGACUUGGUGGUUCGCUUGCACAACGAUGGAUCAUCCUCGAGAAUGAUCGAAUUGGCAUUCCUUCUCAAGAGCCACGAGACUCUGCAGAUGUUGCUGAAGAGGGGUGCCAUGCCGACGACUAAGAUGCUGCGCAUUGCUACCGAGACAGACGACGCAAGCCUUCUCGAACUCUUCCUGCAACGAGAUGUUGACAUGAGCAUGUCUCUUCAUAUUGCGGCCAAGCACGGUUCUCUUCAAGCUGCGAAGUUGCUGGUCGCAAAAGGAGUAGCGAUCAAUGGUACUAAUGGACAAAAGAAGACACCACUCAUCAUCGCGGCUGAAAAUGGCUUUGCAAAGGUUGUGGAGAUGCUUCUCGAGAACGGAGCCAGCUCCAAGACCAAGGAUAAGGGGGGCAAGAAUGCCCGCAUGAGAGCUGAAGCAGGAGGCCAUGCAGGUGUGGUUCAGGUCAUCGAUGACUGGGCUCUCAGGGCGAAGAAGUAA